AUGUCGGUGGCGUUUUCAUCGGCGCGCCCCAGGAGUAAAGGGGAGGUGACGCAGCAAGCCAUCCAACAGAUGCUGGAUGAGAAUCACCACUUAAUACAAUGUAUAAUGGAUCACCAAAGCAAAGGCAAGACAGCCGAUUGUACACAGUAUCAGCAGAUCCUGCACAGAAAUCUUGUGUACUUGGCCACGAUAGCAGAUUCCAAUCAGAACAUGCAGUCACUACUACCCGCACCUCCCACUCCCAACAUGUCGGUGGGUCCUGGAGGGAUGGGCCCGAGCAACCUCAAUGACAACAUGGCAACCGGACCACCCCCCUCGGCAAUGAUGCAGAGCCAAAUGAGCAAUGGCCCCGGCCACGCCCCCAUGCAGCAGCAUGCCGCUCAGGUGCAGUCGGCCACUCCCUCCGCAUCCCUCAGCCUGCAGGCCGGCGGCUACGGCAGCCCGGCCUCCGGCUACGGCCACUCUGCGCCUUCCUCUCAGAGCACCGGGCCUGGCUACGGCUCCUCCUCCUCCUCUUCCUACACACCCUCCUCUUCCUCCUCCCGCAGCAACCUCAACAUGCAAUCCAACCAAAUAUCCAUGAUGCAGCAACAGUCCGCGACUGCACACUACUCCUCAGCCCAGGUCGGGGGUCAACACUAUCAGGGACAGCAGGCCAUGGGCAUGAUGGGUCAGGGCGGCGUGACGUCUCAGAGACCCGGGGGAACCUACCGCUCCGCACAGCAAGGUAGGGGGCGAGACUUCUUCGGGGCAAGCGUGGCGUUCUAACAAGACGGGUUCUACUGAGGCCAGUAUGGACUCACUCAGAGCUCCAACCAGCCCAUAAACCGGCAAUAUUACCCGGAUUGUCACGGGGAGUACUCGUACCAACAGUACUCGUACCAACAGUCUUCGUACGGGGAGCAAGGCUACGACCGGUCCUUUGAUGAAUCUUCACAGCAUUACUACGAAGGAGGUAACUCCCAGUACAGCCAGCAGCAGGCCCAGUAUCAGCAGGGAUCUGGCGAGCAGCCCUUCAGCCAGCAGCAGUUCUCCUAUCAACAAGGCUACGGCGGGCAGCCGCAGGGAUACGGUCCUGGCCAGGCUGGAUCCUCUCAGUAUUCUCAGUACCAGCAGUGUCAAAGCCAACAGUACGGGUCCUACCGCUCCUCGCAGGCCGGCUCUGGAGCGCAGACUCAGAGGCCCUACGCCUACGAACAGGGUCAGUAUGGAAACUAUCAACAAUAA